GUAUGACUGGCAGGCCCACCGUUGCCAAGUCGCCGCCGGCGAGGCACUCUUCUGAAAAUUCAAAGAUGCGGAGUAUAAUACACCGAGGGGGGCAAAUCUCUUCGCCUCCAGUUGCAUUCCCGCCGCCGCGAACGCUACAUUUUGCCUCCUUGGCUCAUUGCUCCGUCCAACAUGACCAGCAGGCCCACCGUUGCCAAGUCGCCGCCGGAGGUCAUCGCGCCGGCAGUGCCCACCCCAGGCGGCACCCUCGCGCUCUCCUCCAUUGACAGGACCGCCGGCGGCGCCGGCUUGGUUAACCUCAUCCAGGUAUUUCCCCCGCCCUCGUUCACCGCCGCCCGCAAGGAGCCGGGCACGGCCGUGGCCGCGAUGCGCGACGGGCUCACGAGGGCGCUUGUACCGUACUACCCGGUGGCCGGCCGCGUCGCCCCGAGUGGCCUUGCAGUCGAUUGUACUGGUGAGGGCGUCUGGUUCGUGGAGGCCGCCGCGAGCUGCGCGCUUGCCGACGUGGACGGCCUCGACUGCUGCCCGCUGCUCAUCCCCGGGGAGCUCCUCCUCCCGCGCCCUCCCCCCGGCGAGAAGCUCGAUGGCCUCAUCCUCAUGGUCCAGGCGACGAGGUUCACCUGUGGUGGCUUCGCCGUCGGGAUCAGCUUCAGCCACGCGGUGUUCGACGGCCAGGGCGCGGCGCAGUUCCUCACGGCGGUGGGGGAGCUAGCGCGGGGGCUCCAGGUGCCGUCAGUGACUCCGGUGUGGGACCGCGACGCGAUCCCGGACCCUCCAAGCCCGCCGCCGCCUCAGCUCACGGAGUUCAGGCUCGUGACCCAGGUGGCCGACAUAUCGGCAGAGAGCAUCGCGCGCGUCAAGGACGAGUUCAAGCAGGCUGCCGCGACAUCGAGGGGGGAGGUGUGCUCCACCUUUGACGCGGUGACGGCCGUGUUGUUCAAGUGCCGCGCGCUGGCGCUGGCGUCGGCGCUCCCUGACGAUGCCGCUGUCCGGGUCGCCUUCGCCGCCGGCACGCGGCACCUUCUCCACGGCGUGCUGCCGGCGGUGGACGGCUACUACGGCAACUGCGUGUACCUGGCGUGCGUCACUAAGGCAGGCAAGGCGGUCCGGGAGGCGUCGCUGGCGGAGGUCGUCGGCGCGGUACGGGAAGCGAAGGAGGCGGUCCCGGCGCGGUUCGCCGGCUGGAUGCGCGGCGUCGAUCACUACGACGUGCCGCUCGACUACAGCACGGUGACUGUGUCAGACUGGAGCCGCGUCGGCUUCCACGAGGUGGACUACGGCUUCGGCGCGCCAGGGUACGUGUUCCCGCUCAACGACCACGUCAACUUCGUCGCGUCGCUCAACUACGUCAGGCCGCCGGCGCCAAAGCGUGGGGGCAUACGGGUGGUGCUCCGCUGCGUCGAGGAGCCUCAUGCGGCCGCGUUCGCCGUCGAGCUCGCCAAGUUCGCCUAGAUGCAACGCACGCAUGUUUCCCAUUUAUUGGCCGUGUCCGCAUUUUAGGCCCCUUUGGGAGCGAAAAAUGGAGGGGUUGCCUCAAUUUACGAGGAACUAGCAAAAUGACAGUACGUUGCAGAAUAUCGACAGUGUAUAUACACAACACCAUUCGCAGCCCAUCGGAAAGUAAAACCACAAAAGAAUUAUUAAACGGAGGGAGUAACAAUUUGGUUGCAAUUAAGCAUCACAUAGUUGUAUCAAAGAUCUACACACCCAGAUUUCUAGAUACAUUUUGUAUUUGGUGCGGCCA